AUGACGAAUAUCAAAGUGUAAUUAUUCAGGUCUUGAUCACGAACAGAUAAAACUUUAAUUGAUCCAAACAGAAAAGAUAUCAGUAAAAUUUAUCAGAAAAUAACAAUUGCAUCUUGCGCAAUCUAUCUAUAAUAAGCAACACGAAUAUUGCAGAUAAAUCAUUCAUAUUUGUAUGUUAAUUUAUAAACAAAGUUUAUCAUCCUAUCUAGUUCAAUCUAAUCUGGAUUGAUUAUAUUAGAAAAAUACAAAACAAUGCAUAUUUCAUGGAUGUUUCAAUUAAAUCAAGGUUAAAUAUCGUCCAAUUAAAAAUAUCAAAAAACUUUAAUUCUCGCCAAAUUAAAAACCCAUCAUCACGAAUUGAAAUUGUAAACCAGUUACCUGCGUUCGACGUGUAUACUCGUCGUGUAAAAUAAAAAAUUACCAUUUAUUUUAAAAACUCCACAUUUCAAUAAGAAGUCUCAAUAAUAAGAAUAAAAAUGUCAUUUGAUGGUAUAUUCCUUUAUAUUUAUAUAUAAUAAAACUGCUAUGUAUUUUAUAAAAAAAAAGUUUGAUCAUUCUCUUUGGUAUAUCAGAUAUUUUCCCGUACAACGUAUUACUUUUUACAAACUGAGUUGAUUACCAAUGCAUCUGGUAUUCUCCGAAUUGUUUUCUGCACUUUACUGUGUAUAUCUUAAAAUUAUUUUUUUUUUCCUUUAAUUUCUUUUUCUUAUUUAUGAAUUUUAUUGUUUCCCGACAAUUUUUAAGUUUCUAAUAACGAUAAUCUUUUCAACAAUGAAUCGUCAAUCUUCCAUCGAAUAAAAAUGUAAAAAAAAUCCUUCCUCGUUUUGCUUUACCUUCUUUGAUAGAAUUUAUCAUAGAAGCAUUUCUCCUCGACGUGUAUACUCGUCAUUGCUUGAUUUUAAUUACGCAUCCCGUGAGGGAUUUCUUCAAAACUAAAUUCCGCAGUUAACCGGUGUAAUCGAUCAGUGACUUAUGCACAAGUACUAUACAAUAUGAAGGAGCUCGAAGAACAUGGCAAUGACUAUAAAAUCGAUACCUAGACGUACAAUCUUUUCCCUAAGGGUUGAAGAACUUGCCAGUUUUUCGUUUUCCUUCUCCUUCUUCUUUUUCUUCUUCUUCUUUAGACUAUUGAUGGUAGUCGUUGAAACGGAAAUGCUCUUCAUGUUCCAGACGGCAUUCCUGACGGUAGCACUACUGCCAUUCCGACUGGCCGCGAUUACGGCUCUGGUGAUCAUGGCCUGGCUCCUGGCUUGUCUAGGUCUUCUUGGAUUGUCCGAGGAAGAUCUUCGUCGCGCGCCUCUCACAGGGUGGAGACGAGAUAUGAGAAUUAUAAUCUGCUGGAUGAUGCGAGCAUUGUUCAUCUGCGGUGGAUUCCAUCAUCUGAAGAUCAAAGGUCGUAAAGCAGAGACUAAGGAUGCCCCCGUGUUAGCCCUAGCCCCGCAUUCAAGCUUCUUCGACGCACUUCCGGUUGUAUACCUCGGCGGGCCGAGCAUCGUCGCCAAGGCAGAGAUCGGACGUAUUCCUUUUUUCGGAAGUAGCAAAAUAGUGCCCUGGCUGUGCUUUAUGGGCCGGCUGACGUACCAAGCAGGAGGAAUGAGAAUCAUUGUGCGUGGAAGACAGGCGACGAGGGCGGAGGCACCGAUUUUAGUGGUUGCACCCCAUUCGACAUUCAUGGACGGAGGGAUCGUCUACAUAACCGGGUUCCCUUCGAUCAUCGUAAGACGGGAAUCAGGAUUGAACCCUUUCAUCGGAAAGCUUAUCAACUAUACACAACCAGUCUAUGUUUGGAGGGAAGACCCGAAUUCACGACAAAAUACGAUCAAGGAAAUUAUCGAACGGGCUACUUCGAAAGAGGAUUGGCCACAGGUGAUGAUUUUCCCCGAAGGUACUUGUACAAAUCGAUCGUGCCUCAUUACUUUCAAGUCGGGUGCAUUUUAUCCUGGUGUCCCUGUUCAGCCUGUCUGCAUCAGAUACCCUAACAAAUUGGACACCGUAACGUGGACGUGGGAAGGUCCUGGGGCAUUGAAGUUGCUGUGGCUCACGUUAACGCAACUGAACAGCAGCUGCGAAAUAGAGUUCCUCCCUGUUUACAAGCCAAGCGAAGCGGAGAAAACAGAUCCCAAGCUUUACGCAAGUAACGUGCGACGACUUAUGGCGGAGGCAUUACAAAUUCCUGUGUCGGAUUACACGUACGACGAUUGUCGAAUUAUUAGCAAGGCUCAUCAGUUAAAUAUACCGCGUGCAUCCACCAUAGUGGAAGCACAUAAACUUCGUAACAAACUCGGUUUGGUAUCAGCCAAGACGGAAGAAGAGCUAGUUCAGAAGAAAACAGAGAGAUUUAGCGAAGAAAUUAAUUUGCACGAAUUUGCGCAAAUCCUUAGAAUAGAUGAAAAAGAACCAACUACUCAACAACUCUUUCGAAUACACGAUAGGCAAGGAAAUGGUAAAAUAGAUUUCGAAGAAUAUAUAUUCACGGUGUUAGCUACAGCGAAUGCAAACUCGGAGCUGAGUAAAAUUGAAACAUCGUUCGAAGUAUGUGGGACGAAGUCGUUAUUUUGUAUCAAUAAAAUGGAAUUAAGAAAGGCUUUAAAACUCUCGUUAAAUAUGCCAGUGGAGGAGUCUGAUAAAAUUUUCGAGAAUGCAAAGAUCGACUUUCCUGAUACGGUAGUAAACUUUGGUAAGUUUUAGUUUAAACGAAAUUACCAUGUUGAAAGAAAUAGUUGCCUUGGAUUCUACGACAAUAAUUACUUUGCUCUGACCUAAACUUCCGUUAUGUUUGGAUAGAAUUCGUAUUAGCAGCAUUGGCAGCAAGGGCGGAAUACUCCCAUAUAUUUGCUGGUAACCCCGAGGCGAGGAAAAAAACUAUUUGA